UCUAUAGUUAUAGAGCUGACCGAAUUAGUCUGGGAGUUUUUCUCUGCAAGAAAUGCCCUAAAUCCUUCAAUUUCAAAAGCAAUUGUCAAUAUUUUAUUGAGAGUUGGAUGCAAAAUGGCGGGAUUAAUUCACAUGUCGCUUGAUGAAUUGGAGAAUAUGUCGAAAACGGAGAGGGAAACAUACAGAUAUUACGUUACUACAUUUCGUCAAAACGGCCUGAUAUCGGCUGACAUCACAGCCAUGUUCGCCGGAGCUCCUGGGGAGAUGAUUCUCCAUCGCACCGCUGGAAUGCUGCAGAAAGCCACAGUAGCACGGCUGACUGAAGAGUUAGCCGAUGAUUGCGAUCUCCUUCAGUAUGGAUCAUUGCAAGGUGACCCCACGUUUCGUAUUCAGAUGGCCAAGUUUCUUACAAGAAGGUACCAGAGCCCUGUUCACAGCGACAACAUCUUAUGCAAUGCUGGGGCUAGCCAAGGACUGAACUUCCUAUCGACCCACUUCUUCAAGAAGGGCGAUGUAGUCUUUGUAGAAGACCCUACAUACUUCCUUGCCCUCGCAGCCUUUCAACAUGAUCAGCAGCUUAAUGUAGUACCAGUUGCUAAGGAAGAUGAUGGUGUAGAUACGGAAGAUCUGGAGAAGAAGCUAUCGGAGCAUCUAGGAGACAGGCAACCAGAUGAUACGAGACCGUUUCGUAGCUUACUCUACCUCAUCCCCUGCUUUCACAAUCCAACUGGAUCAUGCACUUCUUCAGAAAAAAUGAAGAGUAUAAUUAGGAUGGCCAGAAAGUAUGACUUGCUCGUGGUGUGUGAUGAUGUCUACAAUGUGUUGUCAUGGCAACCAGCUGACGAAGGCAGUGACCGGAAAUACAAGUGUCCUGCUCGCCUCUUCGCCUUCGACAAUCCCUCUGAUCCCGACUUCAAGGGGAACGUUGUAUCCAACGGUAGCGUAUCCAAGUUCCUUGCGCCUGGAUUGAGACUGGGCUGGUUUGAGGCUUCAGAUCGCAUCAUCGAUCUCAUGAUGAAGAAUCAAUACCUGGACAGCGGUGGAUCCUUCAAUCACUUAACAGGAGGCAUUGUGGGUACAAUGCUCAAGAUGGGAAUCGUAGACGAUCAUCUAGACUUUGUCUGCAACCAUUUUAAGACAAAUGUAGACGUCAUGACGAAGGUUCUCAAAGAAGAAUUGCCACCUGGAGUGAAAUUUUCUACUCCAGAGGGGGGAUAUUUCUUCUGGCUUGAGCUGCCCAAGAGUGUGGAUGUUGCUAAGCUUUCUGCAGUGUGCAGAGAGAAGUAUAAGGUCAACUUUGCUCCAGGCCGAAAUUUUUCCUCCACCCCAAAGUUUGACCACUUCAUCCGACUGUCCUUCAGCUACUACCCUGCAGAGAAGCUAGCAGACGGGGCCAAGAAGAUAUGCCAAGCCAUCAAAGAGGUCAUGGGGUCGUAGACCUCUUCAAACCAUAGCCAGCUGAGAGAGAUAGUUGCUUCACCAGAAAUUGCUCCUGCAGAGCUGCCAAGCAUUACAUUUUCCCGGAAUUAUUCUGUUUUUUCCUCCAAUCUUUUUUUUUUUUUCUUCUUUUUUGGUACCUACCUGCACGUCAAACA